AUGGACGACGGUGGCGCCGGCGUGUCGUCCAUUCUACGGCGCGACUUUUCGCGCAUGCCAUUAAAACUUGACCACAACAGCAGACCCCUCUGGAUCUCGCCAGAUGACGGUCACAUUAUUCUAGAGGGAUUUAAUGCCCUCGCCGAACAGGCUCAAGACUUUUUAAUCGCGAUCGCCGAGCCUGUGAGCAGGCCCAACUUUGUGCACGAAUACAAGCUGACACCGUAUUCACUGUAUGCAGCAGUGUCUGUGGGAUUGGAGCCAGAUGAUAUCAUUGAAGUGUUGAACCGGCUUUCCAAAGUGUCUGUUCCCAAGUCUGUACUGGACUUUAUUCGUGAAUAUACCAUGAGCUUUGGAAAGAUCAAGCUGGUUCUCAAACAAAACCGAUACUUUGUUGAGAGCUCACACCCAGAGAUUCUGCAAAUGCUGCUUCGCGACCCUGUGAUCAGCGAAGCGCGUGUUCGCCCUGGCGAGAGCGCGAACGAUCUCCCUAUUGCCACACAUACCGCCACCACGACAGCUGCGGCUGCGCCGUCCACUGAAGUAGAGCAUCCAUCGGCAUCAAAUGGCGCGGCGAAAAGUGCACAUACCUCCUCUGCUGCGGGCGGAGGCGGAUCACAGCAAACAGCGACUGUAGGGCCUGAGGCAUCCAAGGAGAGCGAGCAGGACUUAUUUAGCGCUGUCAUUGGCGUUUACGAUGCAGACGAGCUGGAUGAAGAUGAUGCUGUGCACAGUUUUGAAAUUCGCGAGGAACAAAUCGAAGCCAUCAAGCGGCGAUGCAAUGACCUAGGAUUUCCGAUGCUGGAAGAAUAUGACUUCCGCAACGACAUGCUGAAUCCCGAUCUGGAGAUCGACUUGAAGCCCAUCACGCAUAUCCGGCCUUACCAGGAAAAGAGUCUCGCAAAAAUGUUCGGCAACAGCCGUGCGCGGAGCGGGAUUAUCGUUCUACCCUGCGGUGCAGGUAAGACGCUCGUCGGCAUUACAGCCGCCUGCACUAUCAAGAAAAGCUGUCUUGUGCUGUGCACAAGCAGCGUGAGUGUAAUGCAAUGGCGACAGCAAUUCCUCCAGUGGAGCAAUGUCCAGGACUCUCAGAUCAGUGUGUUUACUGCUGACGAGAAGGAGAAGUUUUCUGGCGCUUCAGGCAUCGUUGUGUCUACGUACUCGAUGGUUGCUAACACGGGCAAACGGUCACAUACCUCGCAAAAAAUGAUGAAUUUCCUUGAAAGUCGUGAGUGGGGUUUCAUUCUUCUGGAUGAAGUACAUGUCGUCCCUGCGUCCAUGUUCCGUCGUGUCCUAACCAAAAUCAAAGCGCAUGCCAAGCUUGGUUUAACUGCCACGCUUGUGCGAGAAGACGAAAAAAUCGACGAAUUGAACUUCCUUGUCGGACCCAAACUCUAUGAGGCAAACUGGAUGGAUCUCGCAGCCAAGGGCCACAUCGCCACCGUGCAAUGUGCAGAAGUAUGGUGCCCCAUGACGGCUGAGUUUUAUCGCGAAUACCUGCGCGAGCGCAGCCGUAAAAAGAUGCUCCUGUACUGCAUGAAUCCGACAAAAUUCCAAGCUGCGCAGUACCUGAUCCAUUAUCAUGAAAAUCGCGGCGACAAAAUCAUCGUCUUCUCUGAUAAUGUGUAUGCACUCGAGGCGUAUGCAAUCAAGCUGGGCAAACCGUACAUUCAUGGCGGUACACCGCAAAUUGAACGUAUGCGAAUUUUGCAAAACUUCCAACACAACCCUAUUGUCAAUACCAUUUUCCUCUCCAAAGUGGGCGACACGUCUAUCGACUUGCCAGAGGCUACUUGUCUGAUCCAAAUAUCGUCGCACUUUGGAUCGCGUCGUCAAGAGGCACAACGCCUUGGCCGUAUCCUUCGUGCUAAGCGGCGGAACGACGAAGGUUUUAAUGCCUUUUUUUACAGUCUUGUUAGCAGGGACACGGCCGAAAUGUUCUACUCCACGAAACGCCAGCAGUUCCUCAUUGAUCAGGGCUAUGCUUUCCGCGUCAUUAUGAAUCUCGUAGGCCAGGAAAACAUGCCUGGCCUCGUCUACUCCAGCAAGUCUGAACAGAUUGAGCUUCUUCAAAGCGUGCUAAUUGCGAGUGAAAGCGCCGCUGACUUUGGCAGUGACGUCAAACCUGGCGAGAGUGCCAGUGCCGCACCCAGUGCCAAGCGAAUGAUGGGGAGCUUGAAUGCAUUGGGUGGCGCCCACACAUGUCAUAUGUUGAGCGAAACCGCUUCAAUGAAUAAGUCCCUGCUUCAUGACCAACCACGCCACAAGGCUUUCCAAAAACGCGCUGCAAAUGCCCAAAUAAUAACCAAAUUAAACCGACUUACAAAGCAAUCAUUGGUCCUUCCUGUACCGAAAUUCGCCCCCUUUCCUUUUUCUACGCGACAUAACCCCUGUCUAACCCAUUUUGGUAAGACAUUUCCCCAAUUCUUCUGGCAAUCCAACCCCUAA